AUGAACGGAAUUGAAGAGCUGGAGGAUGAAAUGGCGGGUCUGGGAGCUGAACGGGGGGGCGAGAAAUACGUCCUGGUGAUGGUGGAUCCCGACUCUCCCAACAGAGCCGAGCCCAGGUUCCAGUUCUGGAGGCACUGGAUGGUCACCGACAUCCUGGGCUCGGAUCUGAGGGUUGGGAAUAUCAAAGGGAAGGUCCUGACAGCUUACAGCCGGCCCAAACCCCCGCGCUACAGCGGCUACCACCGCUACCAGUUCCGCAUCUACGAGCAGCCAGAGCACGAAACCAUCGCCCUGAGCGAGGAGGAGAGGGUCUCGCUGGGCACCUGGGACUUGAAGGAGUUCGUGGAGGUUUUUAGUCUGGGCCGCCCUGUGGCCUCGACCCAGUUCCUCACCAAACACUACGAGGAUUAACUCCGGCCAUCCCUUCCUUGUCCUGCACACCUCCACACCACAGAUUCACCUCUGUCCGGAGCAGAGGGGAGCUCAGGACCCAAGGAGGAUGAACCCACCCUGCUCCCAGCCCAAAACCACAGCGCCAACCCUUCCCUUCUCUUCCCAAAGCCAAGUUCUCUCUCCCUCUGGGGAACAUCCCAGGAGUUCUGGCAUCACCCCUUCUCCUCCCUCAAUCCCUUUUCUGACUUGAUCCCCUGGAGGCUUUGAGUUUGAUGCCCGCAGCUUGUCAAAUAAAAUUUGGAUGGAGCACACAGGGCUCUGUGGUG